AUGUUGAGUUUGUUAAAAUCUUCUACAAGAAUUGCUGCUUGUAGGGCUUUGCCAGUUCGUUCUGUUAUCAGACCAAAUGUUAUUCAAAGACAUUUGAGUUAUUCUAGAAUUUUAUAUGAUGGCAAAAAUAAACCAGAUGCUGAAGGAGAUACUUCUGCCUCCAAGAAAGGUGAUUCUAAGGCGCAAUCGAUUUUAACAGAUGAUAUGUUGUUCAAGGCUGGUGUUGAUGUUGACGAAGGUACUAGUGGUAAAGUUGAACAUUCUGAUGAAGCUUCUUUUAGCCAAGAAGGUUCUUCUGAGAGUGGUCAUACUAAGAAGAAGAGAAAGAGACAGUCCUCAACUGAUAUUAAGAGAGAAAAAUAUGCUAAUUGGUUCUAUAUUUUCACCUUUUCCUCAUUAGCUGGUGUUAGUUUAUAUAUGACAAGAGACUGGGAAGAAAAUGAACCAAAAGAACUAAAAGAUGCCGUUGCUAAUGGCUAUACUCCAGGUUUGAUGUACAAGAGAUUUAAGGCUAGAUUCAACAACUUGUUCAAUUAUUUCCAAGAACCACCUUUCCCAGAUUUGUUACCACCUCCACCUCCACCUCCAUAUCAAAGACCAUUGACUUUAGUUGUUUCUCUAGAAGACCUUUUGGUCCACUCUGAAUGGACACAAAAGAAUGGUUGGAGAACAGCUAAAAGACCAGGUGUUGAUUAUUUCUUAGGUUAUUUGUCUCAAUAUUAUGAAGUUGUCUUAUUCUCUUCAAAUUAUAUGAUGUACUCUGAAAAGAUUGCUGAAAAAUUAGACCCAAUCCAUGCUUUCAUUUCAUACAACUUAUACAAGGAACAUUGUGUUUACAAAGAGGGUGACCAUAUCAAAGAUUUAUCCAAAUUAAACAGAGAUUUGGGUAAAGUUAUUAUAGUCGAUACUGAUCCAGCUAGUUAUAAAUUGCAACCUGAAAAUGCAAUUCCUAUGCAACCAUGGGAUGGUAAAGCUGAUGACAAAUUAAUGAGAUUGAUUCCGUUCUUAGAAUAUUUGGCUACCCAACAAGUUAGUGAUGUUAGACCAAUUUUGGAGAGUUAUCAUGAUAGAAACGCAAUUCCAGAAGAAUUUGAUGAGCGUGUUCGUAAAUUGAAAGAGAAGUUCUAUAACGAUGAAAAGAACAAAGCUGAUUCCAACUGGGUUCUGAAAAUGUUAAACAUUGCAGGUGUACCACAAUCUACACAAAAGACUAAAUUUCCAUUAGAUAUGAUCCGUGAAGAAGGUGAAAAGAAUUAUGUUCGUUUUAUGAAAUUGAUUGAAGAAGAGAAAGAAAAGAUUAAGAUCCAACAAGAACAAAUGAGUGGUCAAACAUUCACAUUGAAGGAUUAUGUUGAAGGUAACAUACCUACACCAGAAGAACAAUUAAAGAUGCAAAUGGAAAAGCAGAAAGAAAUAGAUGCUAUUUUUGAAGAUAAAAAGAAGCAAAACCAGAAUGAAACAAACAAAUGA